GGCAUUUAAUUCAUCAUGGCAUCAGUUAACCAAGCACCUGAGGCUCCAGAUAGGAGCCAAAAGGAUGUGCCUGUGGGAGCUACUUCCCCUCAUGAAAAUAUUACUUGUGACCAGACACUGACUGAGCAGGCCAGUGCUAAGGAGAACAUUCCUGAGAAAAGUAUCUCCAAUGUGAUGGAGCAAGGACAAGAAAUGUCUUCAUCAACGGUUAACAAAAGUGCUGAAUCAAACAAGGAGAAGCCAGGGCCUCAACCUGCAGAAACUAAAGAAGGGGUGGACAAAGCUGUGCUUCAUCCUACUGAACAGGACCAGGGUCAUGGAGGCAAGCUGGUGUCCUGGAUGACUGAUGUGAAAGGCAAAGCAGUUGUGAAAAUGACAGCGACCUCGGCUCAAGACAACCUGGAGCAAACUAAAACCAUAACUGAAGGUUCCGAUACUGCAGACCAGCCAACGGCUACCAGCUCUGAUAUUAAAAUGCUGACAGCUGGAGAUCUGUGCUUUCCAAUGACCAAAAUAAAACCAGCUAAAGUGCCAGCUCCCAUUGAAGGGUCUGUAAUGGGAAAAGAGAGUUUCUAUGCCUACUCGGAAUAUUUGACAUCAAAGCCUCACAGUGAUGGACCUCAGUAUUCUGUGGCCAAGAUGCAACAAGACACAAAGGAUGGUCAAGAGGUUCUUUCCUUCUUGAAUAAGCUUCUGGAUCUGAUCAAUGUAGGAAAGAGGGGAACUGAAUCAACACAUCUUGAAGUUCAUGAGCAUUUGAAUCGGAUCCUGCUUGACUGGAGAGAGCACCAACCAAAGAAACAAGAGGAAGAGUUGCUAUUAGAAAAACCUGAACAGGCUGAAUCUCAAUCACUGGCCAUGACUCUCAAACUUUCCAACCAACUACAAACCAUCUGUCAAAACUUGGCUUCAAGUGUUCGUGGGUUGCCUCUUCACAUUGAAGAACAAGUACAACAUUUCUGCAAAUGGACAGCAGAGAUCUCCAGCACCCUGUCCUCGGCCACUUCUUUUCAGGACUUGUCUGCACAAUUCCUCGCACAGAUGAGAGAGAAACUGAUGAAGAUUGGUGAUGGAAUGGAGCGGGUGAUGGACUAUGUGCUUAACGAUGCAGAUGUUGAUUGGUUGAUGGGACCCAUUAGUCCACACCUGAAUGAAGGUCGGGAACCUAGGAAUCCCACAAAUAAAUGAAGGCUGGUGUCAAUGUAGAAGGAACCUGGAAAAUGGAUGAGAGCCAAAUUGAGUAUUUCAAUUGUAUGUUUUCAAACUUCAUGAAGAUGUGACUCACUAUCCAGUUAAGAAUUCCUGCUUUAUUUCAGGUUUAAAUUUGUCCAGUCUAACUGGAUUUAGAUUUUUAUUUGGUAAUCACACUAAAUUCUCCUGUAAUGGGAUUGUAAUAAAAUGCAUACAAAUAG